GUAUUCGCCCGUGGCCGCCGAUCGUGUCAUCGCUGAUUGUGCGAGAGUAGUGUUAAAGUAGUUUGCGGUUCUCGGGGAGAGAAAGCCAUGGGGCUCGCGAGGGCGGCCGUCUUCGCCGGCUGUCUCCUUCUCUUCCUGGCGGUCGACGCCUUAGGCAAUAAAUGUACAGUCGGCUGCCAUGGAAUGCAUGGAGGUAAAGGCUAUCAAGAAGGACACACAUACAUAUACGAUUUGGAAGGAACGUCUGUAACAUCGGUCCCCGAUGCUCAAGGUGACGCUACCUUGAAAUUGAAAGGUACUGUUGAAUUGUCAGUGAAACCUGAUUGCAUUCGACAGAUCCGAUUGAAGGGCGUACAAAUUAAUGGAGCCCCAAUAUCGCUGCCAGAUGUUGAAAAACAUGCGCUACAAUUCAACUAUCAUGACGGCCAUAUCGAUACAGAGGUUUGUACUGAAGCCGGUGACUCACAAGCGUCUCUCAACAUCAAGAGAGCGGUCACUUCCUUAUUCCAAUCAGCCAUCAUACAAGAAUCUGGCUCUACAACUCAUCAUGAGAUCGACGUGCUCGGCGGCUGUCCGACUGACUUCUCUUUCCACAAAGACGGCGACUCAUUGGUCAUCCAUAAAGAAAGGGAUCUGCUUCGUUGUUCUCAUCGUGAGAGUAUUAGAACUGGUCCUGUGUCCGCGAUCUACGAAUCUCAGAAAUCUGACACUCAAUCGGCUCCGUUGCUGUCAUCGCAUCAAAAGAUUGAGCAACGUUUCAAGCGCGGUAUCCUGAACAAAGCGACCUCGGUCGAAACAUACAAGUUGAAACCCUGGAGCAACGGAGACAUUGGCACUAAGACGAUUGUGCAAACCACUCUGACACUUAAAGGUGAGAAGGGCGAUAGCCCGAACGCCCCAGUUUCCGAGCCGAAAUCCCUGAUCUUCGAAGCGCCACAUCCUGUCGUCAAAUCGUCAGCGGACACCAUCGCCGCGGCCUUGAAGGCAACAAGCGCCGAAGAGCACGACAGCGUGAAGCAUGAUGCGGCGGAAAAGUUUGCACAGUUCGUCAAAGUUCUUCGCCUUAGCAGCAAGAACGAUAUUUUCGCAAUUUAUCAGAAAGUGAAAAACGGUAACGGUUUCGACAAGGUCCUGGACAAGAAAAUCUUUCUGGAUGGUCUCUUUCGCACUGGAAGCGGCGAAGCCGCAGAGGUGGUCGUAGACUUAUUAAAGAGUCACGAACUUACUGGCGUCCAAGCGCUCAUGUUCUACGCGAGUCUCGCUCUCGUCGAUCAUGUGAACCUACCGUCAGUAACCGCCGUCACUUCUCUUCUUGAUCAGCCAAACUUACCGCGUCUUGGUUAUCUUGGAAUCGGUCAGGUAAUCGGUAGGUACUGCCAGGAGCACAAUUGCGAGAACGUAGCUGAAGUUAAACAAGCCGUUCACAAGAUUCGUGAGAAAGUUGGCAAUGGAAAAGCAAAGACCAGAGAACAGGAAAAUCUCAUAGUUUCGGCUUUAAAGGCGCUGGGUAAUACCCAAUAUCUCGAUGAUGCUACUCUACAGAAAUUGGCUAGCAUUGCUGAAGACAAGAACGUCCGCAAUCGAGUCAGAGUUGCCGCGAUCGAGAGUUUGCCCACCCGUUGCUCCAUGAAGUGGAAAAAUAUUCUUCUGAAGGUCUUGGCCGAUCGUGAGGAGGACAGUGAGAUCAGAAUCAAAUCUUAUCUAUCUUUGGUCGUCUGCCCCUGCCAGCACGUCGCUAGCGGUCUCAAGGAGACUUUAGAUAAGGAAACCGUCAAUCAGGUCGGAUCGUUCAUCCAAAGUCAUUUGCGUAAUCUACGAGCAUCUGCCGAUUCGACUAAAGCCGAGGCGAAGAGGCAUCUGGGUCAGAUCAAACCGCGAACCAAAUUCCCAGAGGACUUCCGCAAAUUUUCCUUCAACACUGAACUAUCAUAUGAUUUAGGUGGUGUUGGAUUUGGAGACACCUUGGAAAGCAAUGUUAUCUACAGCCAGAAUAGCUUCGUGCCACGCUCUAUCAAUCUAAACUUGACCACCGAGAUAUUCGGAAGACCCUAUAACUAUUUUGAGCUCAAUACGCGUAUCGAAAAUCUCGACAGAUUGAUCGAGCAUUACUUCGGACCCAAGGGCCGUUUGACGGACAAUGAAGUGGACGAAUUAGUGGACAAGGGAGUAGACAAUGCAGAGAGCAUCGCUAAAUACAUCAAAGAAAAAGUCAACAAAUUACGUAGCAAGCGUGAAGUUAAACAAGGAGAACUUGACAAAUUCGCAAAGGGUGUGAAAUUAAGGAAUAACGAAGUAGAUCAACAGCUUGACCUCGAUCUGUCCGUCAAGCUGUUCGGUGUCGAACUGGCCUAUCUAACUUACGACGGUAAUCCCGCGCAAUUAACGCCGGAACAUAUCAUCGACAAGAUAUUCGACAACCUUGAGGAUGGGAUCAACAAGAUAAAGAAAUUCGAUCACAAUCUGCAGAGUCACAUGCAGUUCUUCGAUUUAGAGGUCAUUUAUCCGACAAAUCUAGGUAUAGCUCUCUCUCUCGACGUGAUCGGUACCAGUGUGGUUCACAUAAAAACAUACGGUAAGAUAGAUAUUCCGGCUAUCGUAAAGAACCCGGAUAACGCCGAGGUACACUUUGGCUUAGAGCCCAGUGCUUCCAUUCGUGUUUCUGCUAGCAUGGUCGUUAAAGGAUUCGAUGUAGAGUCGGGUAUGAAAUUCGUCAGUACGUUGCAUACUGACACGGCGACCGAUUUGACGGUGAAAUUAUUAAACGGCAAAGGUAUCGAUAUAACGGUUGGCGUACCGAAGAAAAAGGAGGAAAUAAUUAGUGUUAGUAGCGAGAUCCUAUUGAGUUCUGGAGAUACUUACAAAGCUGCAAAAUUCGGCAAGGGUAAAUUAUAUAAAGACUGCUUCGAACAGUUGUCCAAUAUUGUGGGAAUAACGGUUUGCGGCCACGUAGAAUUCCCUUACGAUGGUAUCGAGUCGACGCAAAAAAGAGCACUCUUCCCUCUGAAUGGUCCUUCAAAAUUCAGCCUUACUAACGAGAACAUCGACCUAUCCAGUGUUCACCUCAAAAUCUAUCAUGACAAAUCACCCAAGUCUAGAUCAUUUGAAAUCCUGCUAGAAACGCCAAACAGUAAAACAAACAGACGCGUGUCUUUAACCGGUGAAGCUGCUCUCGAGCCUAAUAAGCACGCUAAACUAUCUUUUGAUUCUCCCUUCAAGAAAGCCUCCGUUGAAGCAGUAAUAAAGGAAGAACCUCAAGAGCGUUCACUCACAAUUACCGUGCACAAUGAUAAUCAGGAGUAUUACGGCCGCGUCGGUCUCUUAGCCAAUGGUGCAAAAUACAAGCCCAUCUUGGAGUACAAAGUACCAGAGCAUAUCGAGAGGUUAGCGAAUACCAAGACCGGGCUGAAAUCAUCUCGCGGCGGUCAGCAAUACGAGGUGCAAGGUACUGUAGAAGUGGUCGAUCAGGACGGCGGUAAAAAAUACGUAUUCGACAAGGUAGCCCUCGUUGCGGGUGGUCAGAAGUUUGUCGGUCUCGACGGUUACGUUCAAUCUGCAGAAAACGCCGCCGGUUUAGACAUGAAGGUGAGCUACGGCGAAGAAUCCGUCGCUCUCAAGUUGCAAGGGAAGAAAAAAGAAAAUCGUUACUAUUCGAUCAGCGCUUCGGCAUUGCCAUCAAAAGAUCCCAAUAUCGGAUUCAACAUCCAGUCCGAACUUGAAAAGGAUGCGUACGAGUACAAAUACAAUCUGAUCUUCAUUCACGGUCCAGAUCAGAACUCCAAGACAAAUCGUUUCAGCCUCGAGCAUCAUGCUAUCGCCAAACCAAACAAAGCCGGGCAGAACUUCGUCGUGGGUAGCUCUACUAAGAUCUCGUAUCCAGCUGCGAAGUUAAAAUUGGAGCUCGCAGGCAAGGCCAAACCUAAUUCUCUCGAGGGCGAGAUCGAAAUCGGUUAUGAACAAUUCAAGUUUGGCUCAAAGCUGUCCGCGGAACAAAAUAAAGUCAAAACAGGCGACUACGAGAUCGAAUUCGAAGGCGAGCUCUUGCAGAACAGUAUCAAAUUGGAGUCCAAGCGUACGAUUGUUGACGCACACAAGAGCAAAUAUGAGAACAAGCUCGAGCUUAUACCGGGAGGUAAAUACGAGGCCGAUGCACUGGUUACAUACAAUCACGACAAGAAUAACAAAAACUUAAACUUUGAGCUGGACAGCGACCUGAAGCUGGACGACAAAAAAGUUAAAGUUUUUGGCAGUUUGAAUGUCGAGCGUCCCAAUAUCCAGUCGCAAGCGUACGUCACUGUCAGUGACGUCAAGUACGUCGAUUUCCUACUGAAGCUGCAGCAGCAAGGCGCAAAUCCUCAAGGCAGUUUGACCUUGAACGUGAAGAAUUACCUGAACGUCGCGGGACAGAUAUCGAUGCAGAACGGCAAAGGUAAUGCGCAGCUCAACAUUGAUUUGCCAAAGAUCAAUCGGAAGAUCAAGGGAACCGGCGACUUGACGGUGAGCGGCACGCAACACAAUGGUGACUUUGAGCUUCUACUCGAUGUGGAGAAGGAUCCGAAAAAACGUAUCAAACUAUCCACCGCAAAUGACAUAAAGAAAAAUGGUAUAGAUACAAAGAACGUAAUCGAGAUAAUGAAUCAUAAAUUUGAACUGAACGGCAAGGGUAAGUUAGAUGGCACCAUACACGAGGGCGAGCUGACCGUCGGAACGGACGUCACACUACCGGGCGGUCGUUACCUAGUUGCUAAUUUCAAACGUACAUCUAAGAAGAAUGAAAACCAAAAAUAUACCAUACACUUGGAUGGUCAGUUAGAAGACCAUGAAUCUAAAGGCGGAAAAUCGCGAAAACUCACGUACAUUGAUGACAUUACUGACUUCGAUUGGAAAACGUACACAUUCCUAAAGAACAUACAAUUGAAGGCUGUCGAUUUGAAUGGCGACAAUGGGCAAUUAGAUUUAGGCCUCAAGAAACUCGUCGAUACCGAUGGUCACAAGAAAGUCGAGGGGAUCAACUUAAGCCUGUCAGGAUCGCGUAUGUCGCGACCGUUCAAUCUGCAAUACGAAUCUACAGAGGACGAUAAUGGCAAACUGUCCUACAAAGGGUCUUCUUCCUGUGGCAAAGACUUCAAACUGAAGAGUUCCGGAAACUACAUUCCCGGUAAUGACGUUGACAAGCCCUGCACGGUCAAAGGUAACGCGGAGUUGAUAUUGCCGUCGGAAAAAUUACGUAACAUCAAGCUCGACUAUUCGUACGAUCUAUUGGUCCAACCUGAAUCGGCCGGUAUCGUUAGUCUGAAAGAAUCGACGACGCUCACUUACAAUGACGAUAAAUCUAUCAAGCUCGAUGGAGCCUUCAAGAGCUCAGGAAUCUACGAUGACGAACAUCCUUAUGAGAGCAACUUGGAAUUCGAUCUGACCAUUCUCAAGAUACCGCCUAUCUCUCUCAAGGAUCAUUUUAAGUACGAACCCAACGAUGACAAGGCAACCAUUACCACCAACACAAUCGUCAAGUAUGACCAGAAGGAGAUAACUCUCGCGCUCAACCCCGUCAUAUACAAUCGAGAUUUAACGUACAUCGAUGUAAAGGCCAAGGCCACCACCCCAUACGAGAAGCUGCAUAGUAUCGACCUUGAACUCAAGCACGAGAGAGAAAAGGACGGACAAGUAAGAAAAACUGAUGCAGCCUUGACUUUGGACAACACAAAGUACACGCUUAAGAGCGAAAUUCAAAGCGGCAACAUCUCUCCGAUGAUACACAUAAUUGGCACUUGUCCGGCGGGAAAAACAGAAUUACUCUCGAAAUUCAAUAAAAUUGGCGAACGUGAAUAUACAGGUGAAUGGAAGGUCGAGACGCCGAAAGGCUUUGCUGUUGCCGACGCACACGUCAAUCUGAAUGGCAUCGACAAUUUCAUGAUUAACGUUAAUUUGGACAGCGACAAGCUCAAGCAUCGUAAGAUUCACGCCGAAAUCGCUAACAAACCUACCGCCAAGACCGGCAGGCGAAUAAUCAUCACCGUCACUAGCGACGGCAAAAACAUUGUAACCGGAAGCACAAACUACAAGAAACGCGACGAGGCCGGUAAAAUCACCAUCGAAGGAAACGGCAAUCUUAAGAUAGGCGAGGACACGAAGAGCUCCUCCUUCAAGUAUACUCGCCAGCAAUUGACUCGCGAGAAGGAUGGUGAAUCCGGCGUGUUAAUCGUCCUGAACGCCAAGUUCGAUCCGGUAGCUAUCGUGGGCGAGCUGAAGCUCUCGAACAAGGAGGUCCUCGUUUUCAAUAGCUACUGCGAGUUGAGCAAGGAUUGCGCUCAUUUCAAGCUUCAAUCGAGCUACGAUGCCGACAAUAAGAAUAAUGUAGAUCAUGAAUUAACAGUGGAAGUAGACCUGAAGAAAUUCAAUGUGCCGGUUGAAUUUGGAUUAAAGACGAACACCGUAGUUAAAGAUUCCAAGCUUGAUCACUCUGCCAACUUGUACUUACACUCGUCGAAGGACAACUCCCAGUAUUCCUACAAAGUCUACGUUCAUCCUAAAGAAAGCGCUGUCAUUCUGACUUUACCCAGUCGCGAGUUGGCUGUCAUUGGCACAUUUGACUUGCCGAAGACGAAACAAACCGGAGCAUUUAAGGUCGAUGUUUCCGUUUACUUGGACAGAAAGAACAAGCCUUCCGACAAAACUGGUCUAACCGCCAACGGCGAUAUUAAUAUCGAGAAGAAUAGUGGAUCUAUCAGCGGAGAGGUCAAAUUCAUAUAUCCAUCUCAGCCAAAGGAUAUAGCAGUGAAAGGUAAACUUCAUUACGGCGGCGACCAUCUGCUAGAUGCAAACGUAGAUAUCGAUAUCUUCGCCAAGAAAACGCAAAAGAUCAACGUGGUGGCGAAAUUAAACCGACAGAAUCUCGACAAGGGUCACAACAUCACCAGCGUAAUCGAAGUGAACAGCCGUGGGCAACAACUCAAAGUCGACUUGAAAUCACACUUGGCGAUCUCGGAUUCUCAAUUCGGUUUCGGCAGCAUGUUAUCGUACACAGAUGUGCAUCAGAAACCGAAGAGCCUGGGUGUUCUGUUCUCUGCGAGUUACAAGGAAGCACAUCUACUUGUAACCUCGCCUAAUAAGGAACUCCUAAAAUUAGACACAAAAUUACAAUUUAAAAAAAAUCUGCAGAAGUUUGACUCGGAAAUCGUGAUUGUGGGCAAUAAACCUAUUAUAGUUAACUUCGAAGCGCAUGAUUUCAACAGUUUCACUUAUUCGGAAUACCAGCAAGAUAAUCCCAACACGAAACUUAUCAUCGAAGGACGUGUUGUACUUGGACAACUGGCCGAGAUUCAUGCUGACGCUUUCAAAGCUGGAGAGAAGAAGAAUUUGUUCCAUGGUUUGAUCCACCUUGAUGAAGAAAAGUUCCUGAAACCUGACUUCGGCUACAACAAAGACAAUGUUGUCCACGUGCUCGAAUAUUAUCGAAGCCACAGUAUCGGGCUAUUGAAACAGUUCAAGGAUGUCUCCAACGAUAUAGGCAACGAAGCAGAAAGAGAAUUGAAAGAUCUCGUGGAACAUUUGAAAAAAGCUCAACCAAACUUCAAGUCACUCUCAGAUUAUUACGAGACUGAAUUAAACAAGCUGAAGAACGAAGUCCAAGCUGAUCAGACCAUCAGAGACAUACAGGCUACCUUCAAUAAAUACUUCGGAACUAUUAUCCAGGCCAUAGGGGAUAGCUUGAAACAAAUAACCAUACGAUUAAACGAACUUGAAAGAGAGUAUGCUGAAGUAGUAUCCAAACUCGAAGAAGCGUGGAAUACAGUUUAUCCUCAACUAAAAGAAUCUUAUAACAAAAUAGCUAAUGCAUACAUCAAUUUCGUCGAUAGCGUCGCCAAUGUUUCUAUGGCUUAUCUCAAGACGUUACUCACCGUGAUUAAUGAACAUCAGAAAGAACUGAAGGAAUUAGCAAUCGUGGCUUCGGAGAUCGCUCAGGAUAUUGCUAAGAUCGUAUUUAAGGCUGUCGCUCAAAUUAAGAGCGACAUCGAGGAAUUUAUCAUCUUGUUGAAGAAUCAAAUGAAAGCGUUACCAAUCUUCGAUAUCGCAAGAGAGCAAUAUCAAGAUAUCUUAAACCUUAAAAUUCCGGAAACUGUAUUGGCCUCCAUCCAUGAACUCAGCGAGGUCAUAAAGUCCAUGCUACCGACCGAGGAACUUCGACAGCUCUUCAGCACUACUUAUGAAUACAUCAUGAAGCACGUCAAACACGAGAAAGUUGAUAAUUCCAGUGAGAUCAAGAAAAUCUAUAAUCAUAUGCUCGAUGCCAUUGCAUCUCUCGUCAAACUUCUGGAAUCCAGCGGUAGCUUAGACAGUCUGAUAGAUGACUUAUUUAAUGCUCAUCUUCCCGCGGAGUUUGAAAUGUUAUCGAAAUUGCCAAUGAUCACAUCAUUCAAAGUGUCUCUCGUCAGUCUGAUACGCAAUAACGAACUACCAUCUCUCAUGGAUCUCUACUACACCUACAGGCCAACUCUGCUUUCUGACAUCGUGCCUCCCUUCAGCAAAGUCGGCAUCGUCACUGAUGGAGGACAUAUCUUCACUUUCGACGGCAAUCAUCUCAGUAUGCCUGGUGAUUGCACUUACAUCUUGGCCCAGGAUAUGCAGGACGGCAAUUUCUCUAUCGUCGCCAAUUUUAACAAAGGAAAUCUCGUUAGCGUGACCGUAACGGAGCCUAAAGAGAGCAUCACGUUGAAGAACAAUGGCAACAUCCUGGUGAAUAACAAACCGGCCGAUUUCCCAGCCAGCACGAAGAAUCUGCACGCGUUCCUCGUCGUCUCGGCUCCGAACAUCAAGUCCGACUACGGUGUGCACGUUCUGUGCAGUCCUAAACACUCUGCAAUGCUUUGCAUGGUUCACGUGUCCGGCUUUUAUCACGGAAAAUUACGCGGUCUUCUCGGUGAUGGUAACAACGAGCAUUACGACGACUAUACGUUGCCGUCCGGAAAGAUUACCGAGAGCGAGACUGAAUUUGCUAACGGAUACAAACUGAAGCCCGAUUGCCCGGCUGUGAACGCGAUCGAUCACAAGACGAAGCAACGUAAUCCAGUCUGUACCGACUACUUCUCCGGCCAGAAGUCUACUUUGAAAAACUGCUUCAACUACGUUAAUCCGACUCAUUACCGAGACGCUUGUGACGCUGCGGCUAACGGAAAUCCGCAAGCUCCUUGCUUGCUCGCCUCCGCUUAUUACGCCAAUUGUUAUUAUAAGCGUGUUUCCGGAAUAAACAUUCCAUCCACUUGUAUAAACUGCAAAGUUGGUGAGAACACAGUUGCCAUUGGUGAUACAUUCAGCGUCAAAACUCCGAAAAAUCAAGCUGACAUUAUCAUAGUAAUCGAACAAGUUGAGGACAAUGAGAAAAUUUUUAAAGAUCUGAUUCCAGCAUUGAUAACCGAUCUAAGAGAGGAACUGAAACAACACGGCAUAACGGACGUCCACGUUGGUUUAAUUGGUUUCGGCGAACACAUGAAGUGGCCGCAGCAUUACACUUCUAACGGCAAUACUAACAUUGAAGGUGAAGUGAAGAAUAUGAAAUUCGAGAAACCGGAACCGAUUAUUACUUUCGAGGAAGCCAAAAAGGGUAAUUACGAGAAGCAGGCGAAAUACUUAGAGCAAAGAAUAAACUUGGAGUUAGGCGUAUUAAAGUUGACUGAUGCCUAUGAGGAAGCUAUUAACUAUCCGUUCAGACCUGGCGCAGUAAAGGCCGUCAUCGCAGUCUUUGCUACCCCAUGUGAAAAGAGUCCGUUGCCAUUAUCGUUACAACAAUUGAGGCUUAUACUCGGACUGAAGGUGUACCGAGAUUUGGGACUGGGCUACUAUCAAGUGUACUAUACCAAUGACAUCCAGGUAUCCGGCAAAGUGCAAAAGAAUAUUGUUGGUUUCGAUAGUGACGGUGUAUACGUAUUCGCUGACAGUAAGAAGAAGCCAUUGAGCGGAAACACCGAUCUCAAAUCCAACAUGGUCCUCUCUUCAGUUGACGUGUGUGCCGACUUUGCUAUCGCGUCUGGUGGAACGGUAUUCAGUUCCAAUAACUUUAUUGAUGCUAAACCGAAUCAAAAGAAGCAAUUCGCUCAGGUCACCGCUAGAAAGAUCGCUGAAGACCUCACGAAUGUUGAAAUCGAAAAGGAUUGCGUGUGCAAUCAGUACCACGUAUUUGGACGUGCUCACUGUAAGAUCGUGGGACGUAAGGAGAAGGAACAACUCGCAAGACACACGAAAGGAGGAGUGAAGGGUUGAAGGAGCCACAGUACUACGCAUACUAUUAUUACUAAUUAAUUUAGAUGUAAUCUAUUUGUUACUUUGUUACAAUAUCGUAAAAGACCUUUUACUAGAAUGAUAAGUGAUAUAAUUGCGUCAUUCGGUCGGCAUCGCCGAUCUUUCACAGAUCGAAAAGAAUGUCGGAUGCAAGACUUGAAUUGUGCCUCAUGACAAUUUCCUUCGUUUUCUAGAUCUAACAUAAACAUACAAAUUAAUGUGAAUGCAAUAAAUUGGUGUACCAUUUAUCGAUGUACAAUUAGCGAUGUUUUACAGAGAAAAAUAAACAUUGAACAUAUC